CUCUAUGUCACGGUGCAUGCGUCACUCACUGUUCAGACGCCCUUGUCCCCUCUACAGCCCCUCCCUCUCCCUCCCUCCCUCGCUGGUCUCUUACGUAUAUAACCAUCGCUACCUUCCUCCUUCAGGCAGUGCCCAUUCGUCUGCUGUAGGAUGAAGGUCUCCGGUGUUGUGGCCCUGCAGGUGUUGGUGUCCGUGGCCAGACUCGUCUCGGGCCACUCCAUCGAGUUUGGCCGUUGCAGGAGUGUUGCCGCCGACCCUCACUUCCACCCGGACGAGCUGACGGGGCUGUGGUACGUGAUCGAAAUGUUCCGGACGGGCAGCCACUGCAUGACGCUCACGUUCGCGCGCACGGCCGAGGGCUUCACGGGGACGGAGGUGCGGGAGCUGGCGGCGGUCAGGGCGAUCGGCCUCGACCACACCGUCUCCAACACCGGCGUCUUCACCAUCAGGAGCAUGGACUACCCCGCCGUCAUGAAAGUGCGCUGGCCCUCAGUGUUCAUCGACAAGCCGGCGGAGGUGACGGUAGUGGACACGGACGGGGACAACUUCGCGGUGCUUUACGAGUGCCAGACGCUGUGGGUGUUUCGGCGAACCUCCGCGGUCAUCCUCAGCCGGACACCCACCCUGCCCGACGACCUGCUGGCGAGGAUAAAAGAAGACCUCGUCAAAAUGAACAUUAAAGUUCAGAAGUUCGACAAGAUCAAACACGACGAGCACUGCAAGACGCUGGGAAAGGCCGACCUCAACCUCGACCUCAACCUCCUCCUCAGACACGUGAAGGAGCGGUGGGCGCGGAGGGGCGGGAGCGGGAGGGGGAGCGGGCCCGUGGCUUCACCGCUGGUAUCCCCAAAGCGACCACCGUCCAGCCCCAGACGACCUUCCAAACGAAACUAAUGUGAAGGAUUUGAGCGUCGCUACUACGCCUUGUCGCCGAGACCUCCCAAAUAACGUUAAAAGAAAUUAGGAGGAUAUGCUCGAUCUCAGGGACCUUACAACUAACGUGAAAUAUUAGAUGCACUCGAUCUCAGAGUUCUUCAGACGAUUGCUGUUGAGAUUUUCAUUUCGUAGCCGUGAAAGAAGACUUAUAUACCCUACUCGAUCUCAGAGUUCUUUAGACGAUUGCUGUUGAGAUUUUAAUUUCGUAGCCGUGAAAAAAGACUUAUAUACCCUACUCGAUCUCAGAGUUCUUUAGACGAUUGCUAUUGAGAUUUUCCUUUUGUAGCCGUGAAAGAAGACUUAUAUGCCCCUAGACUCAAUCUCGGGGUUCCUCAAACGAUUGUCUCUGGGACCUUCCUUCUGUGGGCGUGAAAGAAGACAUACCUACUCGAUCUCGGGGUUCUGCAAAGGAUUGUUGGCGAGACCUUCCAACUAACGUGAAGGAAAACAUGUACUCGAUCUCAGGGUUCUGCAAACGAUAGUCUUCGAAACCUUCCAACUAACGUCGAAGGAAAGAUAAUUAUAUUCGAUCUCUGGGUUUUUUAUUUCUUUUUACUUGGGGUGGACUACGAGCAUGUUUCAUUUUAUUUUAUUACCAACGCGCUCCAUUUAGAAGGCUCAUCUUAUUAUACCAUAAAGAUUUGUUUGCCUCCCGUCGUCUGGUAACUUGUCAUCUCUCUGGGAAGAAGUGGCGGCGGUUCACAGCAAUAUUAUAUACGCGACCUGUCUACUUUAUUCUAUCACUACUCUGUCCUCUUUCACUGCUCUCUUCACGUACAACUUCGAGAAAAAUGUCAUAUCUAAUUGUCAUAAAAAUAUACAUAUCGCUGGCCGUUUGCCCCGAGGUGCAGUGGUUAACGUGCCUAGCUACGAAUUCGCGAACCAGGGCAGUCGGCGUGAAGGUCAGCCCGAAAUUGACUUUACUGAGCUAUCCAUAAGCAAGCCACUACCCCAUUCCAAUCAGGCUGCAUGGGCUCACUGGCUUGGGAAAGGUUUUUAUUUAUUUAUUUAUUUAUUUAUUUAUUUUUUUUUUUUUUGGCUGAACUGCUGUGUGGGAUAUUUUUUUUUUUUUUUUUUUUUUUUAAUGUUAAACGCGAUGCAAUGUAUGUCUCCACCAUUCGCGCCUUUGCAGUCUACCUCACCCCUAUAUAUACAUGCUCCCUGUUAGUGAGUUUUUUUAAGCAAACGAAGACAAAAAAUCCCGCUCUUAUUACUCAGUUAGUCAGUCACCAUUAUGCCGUUCAAAUACCUAGUGCAAGAGUUAAUCGGUAUGUUCAUUCUUUCAUCCCUUCUUUUAGUAAACACUGGAACAGCCUUCUUUCACCUGUAUUUCCCGGCGUAAGCGCGGUGGGGAAAGUUUUUUUUCUUUCUUUAAUAUAACGGAACACAAAUAAUGUAUCUCUCCAUCACUCACACCUUUCCAGUCUAGCUCACUUCUGUAUAAUAUUAUGCUCCCCGUUAGUUUGUUAGUCACCCCUAUGCCGGUCAAAUACCUAAAGCAAGAGUUAGCCGGUAUGUUCAUUCUUUCAUCCCUUCCUCCAGUAACCUCCGGAACGACCUUCUUUCGUCUGUGUUUCCUGCUUCCUACGACCGGGUGCUUUCAAGAGGAAGUAUCAAGAUGCCUUUCCAACCGAAUCUGACUGAUAUAUUGCUUCUCUUCCUGUCCUCUGUCCUUCAUAUGUUUUAUUUUAUUUUUGUCUCGGAGCGGCCUAGUUUGUUGUAAUAAUGAUGAUGAUAGUAACAAUAAUAAUAAUAAUAAUAAUAAUAAUAAUAAUAAUAAUAAUAAUAAUAAUAAUAAUAAUAAUAAUAAUAAUAAUAAUGUUUCGAAAUAACUUCGUGUGAUAGACCUAAAGCUAAAUAAAGUAAGCUUAUUUGAUAGACCUAUAUGUUAAAUAAUAAACUAAGCUUAAAUAAUGAUAGAGAAAUACAAGCUGAACAAUAAAGUAAGCUCUUUGAUACACCUACGUACAAGCUUAAUAUUAAUGUAAGCUUAUCAGAUACACCUGCAAGCUAAAUAUUAAGGAACCAAGCUUAUUUUUACGACAAUGGAGGCGGAACACAGGCUGAACUAGACCAUUCUUCGCAAGUUUCCUU